GCAAAGGAGGGUAAAAAUAGAUGGGAGGGUCCAAUGUGAAAGGUUUGGAACCCCUCCCCUUAUAUAUAAAACAAAGACUCCGCCUCCAAUAUGUGGCAUUCAGUGUGUGUCCACACCAGGGUAGAAUUGGCACCAUGCUCUCCAGAUCAGCCAUGCACGUGCCACAUUAUGCCCCUUCCAUGUUCAGGGAGUUUGACAGAUGGAAGGGCUAUCUGAGCCUUGCGAAAGUGGUUACGGAGAUCAUCGCGGAACGCAAGAAGGUCCCAUUUCCAUCUCAGAGUUGGGACACAAUGGAGUACGACAUGCAGCUAGUCCUCAACGAGGACAACUUUGAAACAGCAUCACAAUGGGUUAAUGGAAGCAGUUCCAGCAGCAAGAGCUCCAAAGGUAGUGCCAAUGGCCAGGCUUCCCAAAACAAGGAGAUUUGCAAUUUCUGCAAACACAACGGGGAAUCCAAGCAGGUCUAUUCGUCCCACCGGCUGAAGGGGAUGGACGGCACCGUGGAGUGCCCCAUCUUGCGCAAAUACACCUGUCCGCUCUGCGGUGCCACGGGCGAAAAGGCCCAUACUUUAAAAUACUGCCCACUGAGCCAAGGGAAGAGGUCGCUGUAUCGCAAGUGCGGACGUAACUCGGCUGGACGCAAGGUUUGGAGAAUGGAAGCCCAAUUCUCUUAGACUACAUUUAUGUGUCAGUUGCCUAGUGUGAUGAUUCAUGGGCCCUGCAGUCCUAUUCCUGACAGUAUUGUGGCAGAUGAGGAGGAAAAUAUGGAGUUUUCCCCAGAUUUCCGGUCGGAGUCAGAGCCUUGGCAGCUGCCUGAAGUUCUAGUCCAAGAACCAAUUAAACCUGAACUUGGUGGGAACUCUCCCCCUUAUGGGAGAAAACAGGCUUACACGACUGAUAGAGGAUCGAGAGAAAAAUUUAGAAGUAGUGCUCGCCUUGCUGCCAAAUAUGCCACUGAUUAGAAGUAUUUCCCCUGAGAAAAUACGGGGAGUCUUGCACCUGCAAGCUGGUUUCCUUCGCUCCCUGUUCUCUAGGGAAAGUGAUUGUUGUUUGGGGAAACGAGACCCAAUAUAGGGAAAUUGCGCGAAGGAUUCCUUGCGGAGUCAAUUCGUCAGCUCCUGGAGAGAGGUCAUGUGUGUGUGGACUUCGAAUCCUGUUCCUUGCCUCCUGAAUCUAGUUCCAAGCCUUGUCCUCGUCUCACGGAUUUACCACAGAUCUUGUUCCAUGCUUCAAGUUGCUUUGCCUUUAGCCACAGAUCCAGCCACGUUCCAAGUAACUUUCAGCCUUGUGUCAAGCUUCAUUGGAUUCAAGACUUUUUCUGUUUUCCCAACGCUUAGCUUGGCAAACCGUGUGUUGCGGUUAUUGGAUUAUAAUCUUUGGACUCUAAUAUUUCAUAUUGGACAAUAAUCUGCUGGACUAUAUUUGGCCUCAUUUGAAAGGUCUGCUUCUGAACUUUAUUCUACACUUGUUUUUAUUGACUUUAUAUAUUCCUUUAAUAAAAAUAUUAGAUAGAAUCUGG